GGGGGAGCGGCUGCGCCCCGCCGUGCCCGCGACCUGAGCGCGUGUGGGCGGGGUGCGCCCUGCGCCGCGAUAAAUAGCGCUGUGCCGCGGCUGACAGCCCGGGCCGAGCGGCACCGCUGGCCGCCGAGCUGGGGAUAGCUGCGCCCCGCGGUCUGUGCGCGCCCCGCGGCAGUGCUGCUUCUCGUUUUGUUUCUCGGGGAGAGCCGGAGCAGGGGGCGGACCGGGAGAGCCGGAGCCAGGCUCUUUCCCCUUCUCCCUCCCUGCGGCGCACGGGAGAUGCUGGAAGCUGCAGCGAGUUUGCAGCGCCUGAGAAGUACGGCGAGAGCCGUGUGAGCUCCUGCCGGUCCCCGCGGCUGGCAGCCGCUCGUAGUUCCGUACGCAGUCGCCCCCAGCCGCCCCUCGCUGCCGCCGGAGCAGGCUGCCCACCCCUCCGCCCAGGAUGCAGUUUCGCCUCUUCUCCUUUGCCCUGAUCAUACUGAACUGUAUGGAUUACGGCCACUGCCAAGCCGGCCGCUGGAGACGCAGCAAGAGAGCUAGCUAUGGACCAAAUCCAAUUUGCAAAGGUUGUUUAUCUUGUUCAAAGGAUAAUGGGUGCAUCAGAUGCCAACACAAGUUAUUCUUCUUCCUACGAAGAGAAGGAAUGAGACAGUAUGGUGAAUGCUUGCAUUCCUGCCCAUCGGGGUACUACGGACUCCGAACGCCAGAUAUGAACAGAUGUUCAAGAUGCAGAAUAGAAAACUGCGACUCCUGCUUUAGCAGAGACUUUUGUACCAAAUGCAAAACUGGCUUUUACUCGCACAGAGGUCGCUGCUUCCGAGGAUGCCCCCCUGGAUUCGCAGCUUUGGAAGAGCUUAUGGAAUGUGUGGAAGGCUGUGAAGUAGGUCAGUGGAGUGAGUGGGGAACUUGCAGCAGAAAUAACAAAACAUGUGGAUUUAAGUGGGGCCUGGAAACGAGAACAAGACAAAUUGUGAAGAAGCCAGCAAAAGACACGAUACCAUGCCCAACCAUUGCAGAAUCCAGACGGUGUAAAAUGGUCAUGAGGCAUUGUCCAGGAGAUUUUACAGGAAUGAUUGCUCUGUUACUAAACUGCUUGAUGCUUUAGAUGUCUCUCAAAGCUCUGUGAGCAAGGGAGAAGGCCAACAAAAACAAAGGACAAGAAAAAGAAGAAAAAGAACUUAAUGGAAAGAGCUCAGAAGCAGCACAGCAUCUUUUUAGCAACAGAUAAAACAAGCCAGUAAAGACUUGAUUUUCUUUAAUAUAUUUUUUUUGCAAAGCGCACAAAAGCUGCUAUAUGCUCCUGCCCAUGGAUGCACUACGAUUCAGCUGCUUUGACAGUAUUGGUGGCAAAUACCUUGUGAAAAAGUAAAAAAAGUCCACAAGCUUCUUUGUUUUAUUUAUAUAUUUUUUUAUUUUAUUUUUUCUUGUCAUUUUUGACCUGAAGACUUCAAGGUCAGGAGCUCACUGAGUUGAGUCAGUGGAAGUGGUGCUGAAGGGCAUCAGAGAUUUUGUCCUGGGGGCACGGUCAACAUGCUGACAUGGAAUGGAAGCAGGAAAGAAACCUAUAUAUCACCAUUAGGCGGACUUGUGCAUAUUUAAAUAAAAAAAAGAAGGAAGUCUUGAAGGUGUAGGUACUAUUGCAUUUAUGGCUCUUGUUUCCUAUAUUUGAACAUUUCAAGAGUAAAUAGAUAUGACUUACCUACUUAGUGUUAAUGUACACUGUUCUCAGCACCUGCUACAUUGAAACAGUUGUAUAAUAAAAGUGCUUUAAGACAACAUAACAUGAGAAUUACUUACAGAAGCACAGCAGACUCUAUGUGUACAUAUUACUCUGGCUACAUAUAAAUGAACAUAUUUACUGUACAUCUAUGCAUUUUUAUGUAUAAUACUUUAUACAUGUUUAAAGUUAUGUCCUGUUGGUUCUAGUAAUAUACUUUAAUCCAGUAAAUGUUUACUUUUUACUAUGUUUUAAGUAUCUUCUCAUAUUUCUCAACAGUUAUAAACUGGAUUUUCUUUCAAAUUUGCAAAGCACAUUCAGAUGGCUAAACUACCUUGUAGUGACCCUCUCAGAGUGUCAGCUCUGAAGUAGACGUGCCAGACUAGUAAACAGCAAAUCUUUUCCACUCUUCUGUUCUCCUAUCUCAGUCCUGGUGUUUUUGUCUCAGAAAAAGAAGUGUAACUUUUUUUAAGAUGAGGCACUAUGACAGUAGAUGUUUUGAGUGUCAGGAGAGAAAUUAUAUGGGAAUUUCUUGGUAUCUGAGAUUGUAUGUGUAGGGUUUUUUUCAAAUAUAAUGCACAAUGUUUUAUUUCUUCUAGUCCUCAUCCAGUCAGAUACAUCAAACAAAUACCUGAAUAGGGGAAAAACACAAGAAACAGCUAUGUGAGUUCAGUCAUUCAAAAGCAUAGCAAACACCAGUGUCCCAGUAUUGCCAGUUAUCUGUAGAAGUUCAGCAACUUUAAUCUGCAUCUGGUGUUUGUUUAGGUUUGGGAGGGAGAGGUGGAGACAAUUUUCUUUGUACAAAGUCAAAAUGACUCAGGAUGUAUAAUUUGGUAAUCUAGCAUUAUUGGACUUGCAUUCAAAGAAGGUUUUGAAUACCUGCUGGGAAAAGCCCACACUAAAAUGGCUGUCAUUUAUGCUGUCAGAUAUGUUAUUCCUGUUCUAGGGCUAAAACUUGCAUUUGACCUACACAAAGCAAAGAAAAAGUAAAGCUGGCCCCAGAACCUUACAAAACUCUUCUUGGCAUACACUUCAGAAAAAUCCCACAAGUCUCAGUUUUAUGGGUUAUAUGCUUCACAUUUAAACUAGGGAACUACAGCAACUAUAAGCACAACUAUAUUCGUAUUUAGCUGGAACAAGUGUUGCUAUGAAAAUGUGCAGUGGUUAGGCAUGUAUGAAUGUUCCAUGAAGACGCUUGUGGACUCACUUAGCCAUCUUUCAUUUAGAAUAUGUUCAUAUUUAACUAGAACAUAAUAAUGUUAAGGACAGUAAAAUUGUUCUGUUCCUGGGCUGCUAUUUUGGACCUUAAAUGCUCACUUACAAAAAAAAAAAAAAAAAGACAGUAAGAACUGUAGCUGCCUGUUCGCUUAUUGGUCAUCAAAUUUGGCUGUAAAUUCAGUGAAUGCCCUCAUACAAUCCUUCUAGUAGUGGUUACAAGUGUUGUAUUAGGCAUGUCAUAAAAAGAAUGCUACAAAAUACAAUAAAAUUAUGUCACAAGAUUCUGAGUAAA